AUGGGAAUACGCAUCGAUUCCUUGAGAUGUUCGCUAAUCGCAAUUCCUCUGCUCAUUCUCGCGUCGUCAUUCCACUCCGCCUCGGCCGGUCCCUGCGAAGUCAGUUAUUUCAACGGCCGCCAGAUUUUCAACUUCAGCCUGACUGCUCCUAUCGCGGGAUUUCCCCACGGCGUCCUCAGCGAAGAUGGGUUCUAUAAGGUUGCGGAGAAUGAGAGUGUGCUCUGGUUUCAGCUCUGUGAUGGAAUGAUAUUUAAUCACGACCCACCUAGAUGUGUUGGCUGUCAGGACUGUGGUGGGCCAUCUCACUGUGGCAGUGGUUGUAGUGCACUUGUUGCCAAUAAUAUCGGUGGCUAUGAUGUGUGCAGCACUAUUGGCAGUGUUUCUAGCACUUCUGCUGAGAUCAUGGAUGAACAAAAUCCCCAGAAGGGUGUCAUUGUUAAGAUCUCAAGUCUUGAUACAAAGGAAAACUGUUCACUCUCUGUCUCUGUCAUCUGUAAUUCAUCUGGACUCACAGGGCCCCUUGGACUGCAGAAGUCAGGGACCUGUGACUAUGCUGCAGUAUUACAGCAUCCAUCCGGGUGUGCUACAGUUGUAUCUGUUCAUGGGAAAGGAUUGGGCUGGUUUGCUACCUUGAUAAUAAUUGUCUUGUGUGUUUUUGGAGCUUAUAUGUUAGCUGGUGCAGUUUAUCGGCAUUUCUUCCUCGGGAUACGUGGAUUUUAUGUGAUGCCGAACUUGGACUUUUGGAUCACAUUACCUCAGAGGACACAGGGCUUCUUCACCUCUUUGGUUCGAAGAUUCAGAGGACCCACGGAGAGCUAUCGUGAUUCCUAUUCUCCUGUCAACUUUUAG